AUGCAAACAUGCAGCUCCACUCGCGGUGGCUGGGGCAAGUGCUGCUGCCGAGCUGCAGCAGAGCUGCUGCUGCAGCAGACCGCAGCAGAUCUGCUGCUGCAGCAGACCCCACAGAGACUGCUGCAGCUGCAGAGUGCAGAGUUCAAGAGUAUCUCCACUUGCCCUGUCUCCCGCGGCGCCUGCCCGCUGGUUGCUGCAGCCAGGCAGCAGCAGCAGCCCCGCAGCAGCUCCCGCCCAGGCAGCAGCAGCAGCAGCAGCAGCAAAGGAGCCCGUGCUGCAGCUGCAUGGGGACUUCGCCGAAAUAAGGAAUUCCCAACACUUCUCCCAACUCGCAGUCUGCGCUCGCUGGCUGGCCCUCGUGCUGCUGCUCUGCACUCAAACACUUGCAUGCAAAGUGUGAGUUUAAUUGGCAAAUGUGCGCAGAGCCGCGCUGCUCUGUCUACAGCUGCAGCAGGGACUGCAGCAGCAGCAGCUGCUGCUGCUGCUGCAGCAGGAGCUGCAGCAGAUGGGGCCUACCCAGUGACUGAUGGGAGUCCGGGCUCGGGGCUGUUUGUUGAAUACAGUGUGGAGUCAGUGAGAGAAGCCCUGAAGAGGCGGAGAGCCAGGAAAGCUGUGGAGCAUUCUGGAGAGUUCAAAGACAGCAGCGCUGCAGGCCCCGCGAGGGCAGCAGCAGCAGCUGCUGCAGACGCUGCUGCUGCAGCAAAACGCAGGAAAAAGCGGCAAAAAAGGCCCAUUUUCAAGGCCAUAAGCGACUCGGACUUAGUGCGAAUUGAGCCGAGUGAACUCAGCUCUCAACAGCUGCUUUACUUGCUCGGCAGAACUUGCUUUUUGGAAAGCUCAGCCUCGAGCGAGGGCUGCGGGACUGCAGCAGCUGCAGCAGGGCCUGCAGCGGCUCCUGCGCAGUGGCAGGCGAUCUUCAGAAGCUUUCGAAGAAGACUUUCUGAAAUGGAUGUUCUGGAGAUCACGCGGGCUUGCCAGGGGCUGGCUUACGCGAAGAAGCUGCUGGACAGAGCAGCAGCAGCGGCUCGAAAUCCAGCUUCCGACGCAGCUGCAGCAGCAGCAGCAGCAGCAGCAGCAGCAGCAGCAGCAGCAGGCCCCACUGAGUGGCAGCCCGCACUGGAGGAGUGCUGCGCCGCCUUCGAAGAAGUGCAGCGGCAAGUGGCCAAGCAAGUCCACCAGCUUCAGGGCGACUGCCUUUCGCGGGUCUUCUACGCCUCCCUUAAGGGAGGCUUCAGAGAAAACGGGGGAUUCGUUGAGUUCGUUUGCGAUGAAGUUCUCAGCAGACUCGACAAGCUGCGCCCGUGGCAUGUAUGUCGCAUAUUCCAGGCGAGCUUUUCCUCGAAUAUUGUUGCUGGCGACUUCACAAUAAAACUUGGAGAGCAUCUCGUGAAAAAUCUCGCUUUUCUCCCGGCAAAAAGCAUCAGUGGGCUAAUUCCGGCACUGGUGCAGUUGAGAAUGCUCGAGAACCCAGCGCAGGCGGCCAAACUAAAUGUUAUUGCUGGCAAACGGUUUCGAGGGCUUAGUGACCCCAGCCUACUUGUUUUGUGGGGCAAGCCGAUGCUCUUCUACAAGAUCCUUACACCAGUAAACAUCGUAGCUCUUAUAAAGGGUUUGAUUAGGGCUGAAGCGCCCACAAAUUAUGCAGUCACCAAGGCCCCAGACAAUGAAGAGUCUGUGUCAGAAUUUAGCGAAGCCGCAGAGGGGAGAGCAGCCCCCACGGAGGCAACAGCGGACGCUCUAACUGUCCACGGUCUGAACAAGAUUUUACUGCCUUUGAAGCUGAUGGAGUUGUGCAUUCGCCAUGACUACCCUGAAGUUUAUGCAGCGUUGGCACCCAGCAUGCGAUCGUGGUUGGAAAAGGUUCGAGCGACGCAGGUCAAACUGGCGUGCUUUGCCCCACCACUAGAGCAGCAGCAUGUGAAUGCUCCCCUUGUGCGAAUCGCGGGUGGUGAAUUCCAUCUGCACCCUUCUAUGUACGGCCCUUUCUUGCUGGAGCUUGCGGACCCUCUAAGCCGCACCACAGUGGAGUGGGAUACACCGUGGCUCCUUUGCCCUCCAUGGAACGAAUUUGAACAAAAAGCUUACGCUGAGAAGAGACGACGCAUCCUGCAGGCGGAAGGUUGGGAAGUCAUUCUGGUGCCUCUCGCACCCUACACAGAAGCGGAAGAUGCGGCGGCAAAGGAGAGGUACCUGCGAGGGGCUGCGCGGAAGCUCAUCCCAGGCAGCUUGCGCCGAAACCAGGCAGAAACAGGCGAAACAGUAUCUACUUUCUAA